AUGAACUUGCACAGGAAUACUCAAGAAUCCAACCUGAAGAUGAUGAUGAACAUGCUUCGGGACAAGAGCAAGAAUAUCCAGUUCGAAGCUUUCCAUGUUUUCAAAGUAUUCGUUGCCAAUCCAAAGAAACCACCUCAGAUUGAAACGAUACUAAGACGCAAUAAGGAGAAAUUGCUGACAUUCUUGAGGAGCUUCCAUAACGAUAAGGAAGACGAACAGUUUAGCGACGAGAAGCAAUUCCUUAUCGUGCAGAUACAGAACCUGUGA